UACCACUUACCAGGCCAUGAAAUCUUAAAAAACUGCUCUAUCCAGUUUCGACUUUCGGAUCUGUUAACAUAAUAUUAAAUAUUAAUAUUCUACCUUUUAGGCAUUUGAGUAGAGUAUUACUCACUGCCGACGUUGCUUUCAGUAUCUGCCCCUAUUAUCGCUUUCCCGUACUUGAACAUAAAUUCCAUGUGAUCCACAGUAAAGAGUUGUAGAUACAUAUGUUAAGAUUGUAUAGUAAUAAUUCUUUGUUAUUAUGAUCUACUUGUAUUAAAGAUAUGCUGAAAUUGACACAGAGGUUUUGGAAACAUACUAACUUUGCAUGUAAUUUGCAUUAUAAUAGAAUAAAUUUAAAAGAUUAUCAUCUCCUUACUUUAACAAGUAGAUAUCAUAUUCUGAAUAGUAGUGUUUUGAGAAAUCCCUUUAUAAUUAAUUGUUCAUGGGGUAGGUUCCUGGCUAGUAUUACAAAAGGUAGUAAAUACUUCCAGAGGUCUGAUAACAAGGAAGACAAAAUGGCGGAGGGGACUGGAGAGGUCCCUGUUUGGACACCUUACCAAUCUGAUGACGGCAUCAUUCUUAUUUCUUCAAGUUCGUCAACUUGUUCGGAUGAUCUUGAUGAUUAUAGUCAAAAGCAUGAGUAUCAAUGUUGGGAAUCUGAUAAUGUAACUUCUGGGUAUUCGUUUCGAGUUCUCUCCUACAACGUGUUAGCUCAAAACUUGCUCGAGUGUCAUCCUUAUUUAUACAAAGACUGUACACCAACAAAUUUAAUAUGGGAGGAAAGAUUUUCAAAAAUCUACAAUCAAAUAAUAAAUGCUAAUCCUGACAUUAUAUGUUUGCAAGAAGUGGAGGAAGCACGUUUAACCGACUUUACAUCUAAAUUGGAGACGAUAGGAUUUAAGACGUUUUUUAAGAAAAAAAAGAUUAAGCAAGAUGGCUGUGCUAUUUUCUUUCGUAGUUCGAAAUUUGAAAUGAUAGAUAGCUUAACGGUGGAGUUUCACCAACCUAAUUUGCCGAUACUUAACCGUGACAAUGUGGCCUGUUUGGCUAAAUUAAAGCUACGAGAUAAACCAGACUCUAUGCCUAUAGUUGUUGUAACAACACAUUUAUUGUACAACCCUCGACGCAUGGAUGUCCGUUUGGCACAAAUAAGAUUAUUAUUGGCCGAAAUCGACAGAUUUGCAUACUACAAUACAGGCCGGAACCGCGGUCACUGGCCAAUUAUUUUGACAGGAGAUUUCAAUUCUCAGCCCAACAGUCAGGUUGUACGGCUGAUACGUGAGGGAUACAUUAGCGACCCGACCGUGAACGAGGACCAAUCGGAUUGGAGGAACAUUAACGUAACUAAUCACUGUGAACACCUACCCUUACAUAUGAACAGACUUUCGGAGAACCUAGCGUCUGAUUUCAGCAUAACACUAAUUCAUAAUUCGGAUUACGGGGAAAGUAAUCUAUCUGAAGAUGAAAUGUAUAGUAAAAGGGUCCAAUUUGAGGAAAUGUUCACAGGAAUGACAUUGAAACAUUCUUUAAAAUUUUCAAGCGUAUAUGAUCACGUAAAGAAAAAUGGUAAAAGGGAGGGUACAACUUUCCAAAAUAGUUGGGUGACUGUAGAUUAUAUAUUUUACAGUAAUUUACUGAAAUUAGAGGAACGUCUAAGUCUCCCUUCAGUGUCGGAUGCAAGAAAAAUGGGCCCGCUACCUAACGACAGCUGUGGGUCCGACCACAUACCGCUAGCCGCCAUGUUUACCUUGCGUAAUUUGUCUAUGCCUUCAUAAAGGCCCGCAACCUAGGUUUUAUUAACUUGAGUUAUUAAUACUUAGACAUGUAAUAUAGUAGUGUUAGACGAUAUUUUUUUGUGGAAAAUACUCUCGGGAAAGUAGUACUAUUUUAAUAAAAUAAUGUUUAAUCUGUUAAUGUUUUUAAAAGUUUAUUGUAUAAUUUAUAUUUCACCUUUUAAGUCUAAAAAGGAAAAUUAAGAUGGUGUAAUAUAUAUUAAUAAAAUAUAUAUAAUAAUGAAUGGUGAAGCGAUAACAAAUAUAUACAAAAUGUUUUCAAAUAUGAUUAAAUAU